AUGUCGACCAUCGACCAUAGCUACUACCCCCACAUUAUCGAUCUGAUCUGGGAUCACCUUGACUAUGAAGAUCAGGUGGUUGCCCGGGCCGUUUGCAGCGAGUGGACAGCCCGCGCUGAUGCAAGACUGCUCCACCUCGUGAUCAGUUGCCCGCAAGGCAAGCCGCCCCACGUCUACGACGUCUCCACCCGUGACCUGUCCCGACCAAACGUCCCUCCAGCUUGGCUCACUGAGACAAGCCGCACACUACACCGACGCCCGAGGCGACACCCCACUCAUCCCGUCAACGAACCAGGUGCCCACGACCUCCAACGCCAAAGGAAGCUGGCCGCCCAUUUCAAGGCCAACGCGUUGGAUGCCGUCGAGGUCAUCGACUUUGUUGGUUUCGACCUUAGGUCUCAUGCUCCACUCGCGCUGGGUAGGAACCCCUUCAUACGGUCCAUUCUCAAAGAGUAUGGAGUGGUCAGGUGGUUCGGCAGCCCACCCGACUUGACAGAUCUUGGAGGCCCCUACGACUACUACAAUGACCCCGAGGAAGUAGAGCUUCCGCCAGCGCUCGUCGACGUCUACAUGUUCUCCUUUCAGAGCAACGCGCCUGUGAGCGUGCUGAAGUGGAAAGACCUCGUCAACAGGAAGAGACUCCAAAUCAUCGACUACGUCUGCUACUCAGACCCCACCGGUGCUUCACCUUCCCUUGGCCCGCUCAUCGACGUCGAUUCUCCCAGCCGUAGUCUGUGCCCCGUCAACAUCAUCUUCCACAAUCGCAUUCCUCCUUCCUACCAGUCGCUGCCGGCAUUGGAUCCUGGAAUUGUAGCGGCCUACGGAGAGCUGGUCCUCGGCGGCAACGUGGUGGCUAUCGUGGGUCUCGAGGAGUUCUUGAACCCGAAGGAGCUGCGCAAGUUCAUCAAGAUUGUUGACCGCGAGGUCAUCCGCGGUCGCUGGAUCGACGACGACGAUGGGGGCCAAACGUGGUGGGUGCCAAACCAGUCAUGCUUGGAGGACCUGUGCUACUGGACGCACGAAGAGUAUCGUCAGCACGUCGGUGAGGAGACGUACAGGAUCCGUACUGUGAGAUAG